AUGAAGUCAACUGCCUGUGUUAUAGAGGCAAACCCUGAUGUGUCUGGAGUCGGCAUCCGCAUAUCAAUAUAUGCCCUCUGCCUGGGUGGCGCGAUAGUAAGCUAUCUUCUCCGCGUGUUUGCGCCGGGCGAAGACCCAAAAGAGUUCUCGCGUGGCGUCUCGUCGGCCCUCGGCAUACAAGGCCUAGCUCUCCUUUGCACGGCAAUCUAUCAAACCUUUAAGGGUGAUCUGACGCUCUUCCACGCGAUAUGUGUCCUGCACCUUCUUGCCCUUCUAGGCACGGACCUUGUGAACAAAGGCCGGUACGCAGGGUUUGGCCCUCGGAGGCUGUAUUUUUUCGCUGCGCUCCAGGUCCUGAUUUUGGGUGCUUUCACUGCUUUCAACAUCUAUGUAUGGGUGACAGCGCCGCAUUUUGGGAGCCAGCCUGAGUGCAACGCUAGCACUGUUUAUGUUGUCUUCGGUGUCAGCAUCACGGCUAUCUCGCCUGUGUUCCGCUAUAUCGUUCUCGCAAUAUUAGCAGCGACGGUGGCAUGGUAUGCUCUUAUUUUCACAUGCAUUUUACCGUGUCUGUGUGGAUACCAUAGGUAUAAAAAGCGGAAGUUCACGAGUGGAAACACGAUCGAGGGUCAAAAGCAAGGGUGGAUGAACUGGUUUGUGGAGGUCAACUUUCCUGUCGACCAAAACAUUAUGCCCCCGCCACCGAAGAAGUUACACGGCCAGGAGUUGCGCAAAUACACAUUCAAUAGGGUGGUGUACUGCUCGUUUUGUGUAUAUUUGAUUGUGUCACUGGAGCAGACUGUUCAGCGCAAUCGUCUCAAUCCCGAAGAGAAAGGAUGGACGUUCGGCCAGGUUAUUGCCAUUUUCUUGUUGCUGGGUGUCGCCAACGAGUUGGUAAAUGUUUUGCUUGCAAGAUGGGACAGAAAUAAGGCCGAAAGCUCACGGGAGCAGGCACUGGUGAGGUUUAGACCUAGCACUGGGAACUCUAGACGCUCGUCAUCUGUUUGA